AACGUCAGACGAAACCAAGAUGGCGGCGUCCGUGCGCGAGAAGCAGAUCGCUGCUUUAAAGCGAAUGUUAAAUUUCAAUGUCAUUCCAGUGAAAAACAGCACCACAGAGCCUGUAUGGAAGAUUCUGAUUUAUGACCGAUUUGGUCAGGACAUCAUUUCACCAUUGUUGUCUGUGAAAGAAUUGAGAGACAUGGGCAUCACUUUGCACUUGUUGUUACACUCUGAUCGAGAUCCUAUUCCGGAUGUUCCAGCAAUAUAUUUUGUUAUGCCAACAGAAGAAAAUGUUGACCGAGUUUGCCAGGAUCUUCGGAACCAGCUUUAUGAGUCUUAUUACUUAAACUUCAUCUCAGCAAUUUCAAGGAGUAAACUUGAAGACAUUGCUAGUGCAGCUUUGAGUACUAAUGCAGUGUCUCAAAUUGCCAAGGUAUUUGAUCAGUAUCUGAACUUUAUCACUUUGGAGGAUGACAUGUUUGUGUUGUGCAACCAGAACAAGGAGCUUAUCUCAUAUCAUGCAAUCAAUAGACCUGAUAUCACUGAUAAUGAAAUGGAAAACAUUAUGGACACCCUGGUGGAUAGCCUCUUCUGCUUCUUUGUCACAAUAGGUGCUGUUCCAAUUAUACGAUGUCCUCGUGGAAAUGCAGCUGAUAUGGUAGCGGUGAAACUGGACAAGAAGCUACGAGAAAAUCUGCGAGAUGCCAGAAAUAGUCUCUUCACAGGAGAUGGCCUUGGUGGAGGCCAAUUCAGUUUCCAAAGACCUUUAUUAAUACUUGUAGACAGAAAUAUAGAUUUGGCAACUCCAUUACAUCAUACGUGGACAUACCAAGCUUUGGUUCAUGAUGUUCUGGAUUUCCAUUUGAAUAGAGUAAACCUGGAAGAAACCCCUGGACAAGAAAACUCCCCUGCCGGGGCUAGACCAAAGAAAAGAAAUAAAAAAACCUAUGAUUUGACAGCUGCUGACAAUUUUUGGCAAAGGCACAAAGGCAGUCCUUUCCCAGAAGUAGCUGAAUCUGUGCAACAAGAACUGGAUUCCUACAGGACGCAAGAAGAUGAAGUCAAGCAUUUGAAGAGCAUCAUGGGGCUAGAGGGAGAGGAUGAUGGUGCUAUUAGCAUGCUUUCUGAUAAUACUGCCAAACUUACAUCAGCAGUCAGCUCUCUCCCUGAACUGCUACAGAAGAAAAGACUCAUUGAUCUUCAUACAAAUGUGGCAACAGCUGUUUUGGAGCACAUUAAGGCUCGGAAGUUGGAUGUUUAUUUUGAAUAUGAAGAAAAAUUGAUGAGCAAGUCCACACUAGACAAGUCUUUAUUGGAUAUAAUCUCUGAUCCUGAUGGAGGUACACCUGAAGAUAAAAUGAGGUUGUUUAUUAUUUACUACAUAAGUUCACCACAGCCACCUUCAGAGGUUGACCUAGAACAAUACAAAAAAGCGCUGUCUGAUACUGGGUGCAAUCUGGCUCCUUUGAAUUACAUCAAACGAUGGAAAGCAUUUACCAAAAUGGCGUCAGCUCCUACUAACUUUGGAGGCAGUGGACCGAAAUCAAUAAGCCUGCUUUCACGUGUAAUGAAUACUGGAUCACAGUUUGUGAUGGAAGGCGUGAAGAAUUUAGUAUUAAAACAACAGAAUCUACCAGUGACUCGGAUUUUGGACAACCUCAUAGAGAUGAAAUCACAUCCUGAAACUGACGACUACAGAUAUUUUGAUCCAAAAAUGCUUCGUGGUAGUGAGAGCUCUGUUCCAAGAAACAAGAAUCCAUUCCAAGAGGCUAUUGUCUUUGUUGUUGGAGGUGGGAACUAUAUUGAAUAUCAGAACCUUGUUGACUACACAAAGAAUAAACCUGGUAAACAUGUGUUAUAUGGUUGCAGCGAGCUAUUCAAUGCUAGCCAAUUCCUAAAGCAGCUGUCACAACUUGGAUCUCAGAGCUAAGACACACAGUUAUUACUCUUGAGUAAUUUUCAAGAUGGAAGAAUACAGACAACAUGUUUUGCUACUCCAGUGUCACACUUUAUUUACAUAUUUCUUUCUUGAAAUAUUAUAAUACUUAUAAUUCCAUUUACUUAAUAAUUCUUUGAUGCGAUUGGAUAUAAUUUCUGACAUUUUUAACAUCAACCUAUACAUCAUGUAACUGUACAAAGAGUUGAAAUAAAUCUAAAAACAAAUAA